CGGCGCUUUAUUGCAAGACGCGGCUGUCCGGCGGUCAUGUAUAGUGACAACGCCACAACAUUUCGAGGGGCUGACAAAGAGCUCAAGCAGGCUGUGAUGUCGAUGGACCGAGGGGAGCUGCUACGUUUUGGUUCAGUUAGAAACAUGGAAUGGAAGUUUAUCCCGCCAAAUGCUCCUCACAUGGGGGGCUGCUGGGAGAGGUUGGUGCGAAGCAUCAAGACCGCGCUUCGCACUACCUUAAAAGAGAGGGUCCCCAGUGAGCAGACGUUGUUGACCUUGUUGGCGGAAGCGGAGUACUUCGUUAAUAGCCGGCCGCUAACAUACAUUCCUUUAGGCUGCGAUGACUCACCUGCUCUUACUCCUAAUGACUUUUUAUUUACAGACACUAACUUCAUCGACCGACCCUUUGGACAAUUUACUGACGGAGACAUGUUACGGCGUUCCUGGCGGGAGUCGCAGAGACUGGCAGACUUGACUUGGAAGCGCUGGGUCAGGGAGUACCUGCCUACCUUGACACGUCGGGACAAAUGGUUUAAGGCUGACAGCCGACCCUUGGCAGUAGGCGACAUUGUCAUUGUCGCUGACGACCAACUACCAAGGGCCCAACUUUACACUCGACCAGCGACUAAGCUGUGCAGACUGGACGUCGGCUCCCAAUCUUGAGUAUCAGCUUGCUGAUACUGGAGGUGGGGAUGUCGCGGCGUCCAGCCUGCAUGGUCAAAGACAUAGACUAGGACUGGCUGACGAUAAACGGGACGACGUUUUUCUUGACUUGACUUUUGACAGACGACGAACAAUGGACGGCAAUUUUCUCAUGAAAUUGUAAAGUUUUAUAUAUU